AUGGCCUCCCAUUCCAUGACAACACAAGCAAUCUUGCUUUCUCUAAUGGUUUUAUUUUUGGCUGUGGGCUCUAAUGCGGGUGGAAUUGCCAUUUACUGGGGCCAAAACGGCAACGAAGGCACACUAGCAGAAACUUGUGCCACAAGGAACUACGAUUUCGUAAACAUAGCUUUCCUCUCUUCGUUUGGCAAUGGCCAAACCCCUACCAUAAACCUGGCCGGCCACUGCGAUGCCUACUCCGAAGGCUGCACGAAAUUAAGCUCACAAAUCAAGUCGUGUCAAGCCAAAGGCAUCAAGGUAAUGCUCUCCAUCGGCGGAGGCGCAGGAAGCUACUCGCUUGCGUCAUCGGACGACGCUAAACAAGUAGCAGACUACCUUUGGAACAACUUCUUAGGAGGGCAAUCCUCUUCAAGACCACUGGGCGAAGCCGUUUUGGACGGAAUCGAUUUCGACAUCGAAGGAGGGAAUGACCAACAUUGGGAUGAUUUGGCUAGGGAUCUUGCAGGGUAUAGUAAUCAAGGAAAGAAAGUGUACUUAACUGCCGCACCACAGUGUCCAUUCCCUGAUGCUUCGGUUGGGAAUGCCCUUAUAACAGGUCUGUUUGACUAUGUUUGGGUUCAAUUUUACAACAAUCCCCCAUGUCAGUACAAUCCCGGGAGUACAGCAAAUCUUGAAGAUGCUUGGAAACAAUGGACUUCGGCCAUUCCUGCUGAGAAAAUCUUCUUGGGAUUGCCUGCUGCGCCUGAUGCUGCCGGGAGCGGAUUCAUUCCAGCUGGAGAUCUCACCUCAAAUGUGCUUCCCUCAAUCAAGGGUUCUUCUAAAUAUGGUGGUGUCAUGCUUUGGUCAAAGUAUUACGAUGAUCAAACUGGUUACAGCUCUACUAUUAAGAAUGAUGUGUAAACUAAAAUAUUUUACUUUCUUUUUCUAUCAUGACUAUGUAAAAUUUUCAGGUAUAUAGAAGUAUUGUGUUGACUA